GGACCGAUCAUGGGUGACUGGAGCUUUCUGGGUAAUAUUUUAGAGGAAGUUAAUGAGCACUCUACGGUGAUCGGCCGGGUGUGGCUCACGGUGCUCUUCAUCUUCCGUAUCCUCAUCCUGGGCACAGCUGCGGAGUUUGUGUGGGGUGAUGAGCAGUCUGACUAUGUCUGCAACACACAGCAGCCUGGAUGUGAGAACGUGUGCUACGACGAGGCCUUCCCCAUCUCCCACAUCCGCCUGUGGGUGUUGCAGAUCAUCUUUGUGUCCACACCUUCUCUGGUGUAUGUGGGUCACGCCGUGCAUCACGUCCACAUGGAGGAGAAGCGCAAGGAGCGUGAGGAGGCAGAACUUAGCCGGCAGCAGGAGCUGAGCGAGGAGCGUCUCCCACUGGCACCCGAUCAGGGUAGUGUCCGUACCACUAAAGAGACCAGCACAAAAGGAAGCAAGAAGUUCCGGCUGGAGGGCACUCUGCUGAGGACCUACAUCUGCCACAUCAUCUUCAAGACACUGUUUGAGGUGGGCUUUGUGGUGGGCCAGUAUUUCCUGUACGGCUUCCGCAUCCUGCCACUGUACAAAUGUAGCCGCUGGCCCUGCCCCAACACAGUGGACUGCUUUGUGUCACGCCCCACAGAGAAGACUGUCUUCAUCAUCUUCAUGCUGGCUGUGGCCUGCGUCUCACUCUUCCUCAACUUUGUGGAGAUCAGUCACCUCGGCCUGAAGAAGAUUCGAUUUGUCUUUCGUAAGCCAGCACCGGCUCAAGUUGAAGGCUCAGCCCCACUGCCACCACAAGGGAAAACCCUGCCCCCCCUGGCUGUGGCCUCGCUGCAGAGAGCAAAAGGUUACAGCAGGCUGCUGGAGGAGGAGAAAGCUCCCACAGUAACUCACCUCUACCCUCUCACUGAGGUGGGCAUGGAAGCUGGCAGAGUGACACCCCUCUUCCAGGAGCUGGAGGAGAAGGCGCAGGAGGUGCUGCCCAUAGAGCACAUCUCCAAAGUGUAUGAUGAGACUCUACCCUCUUACGCCCAAACCACUGAGACAAGUAGGAUGGCACUACACGAGGAGGAGGCACAGGAGGUUCAACCAGCAGAGGCAGAGCGAGUGGAGGAAGCUGUGGAUGAGGAUGUGGAGGUAGAGGAGGCUGUGAACAGGGAGGGUGUAACUCCAGUGGGGGCAGGGAUGGAGGCUGCAGAUACGAUAGAAGACACCAGACCGCUGAGCCGACUGAGCAAAGCCAGCAGCAGGGCCAGUAAGGCACUGACUUUCAUUCCCACAGACAGUGACAUACUGCAAAUGCAGCAUGUGGCUGCAAACGCUGCGGGUGCUAUGGAAGACUUUUAUGGACAUUUCAGCAACAAAAGGACAUUGUCCCUGAUAUGUUGCAUGUUCUGGAUUUGUUCACAUGCAGAUGCAGAUGGCAAAACCAUCUCAGUGGAGGUGGGCACCAAUGUGACCCUGGACUGUAAUGUGCCAAACGGCACACUCAACCAGCUCACAUGGAGCAAAGAUGGAGAUCAUCUCAUCAGCUACAAUCUGGAAAGAAAACUGUACAUCAGCGAAGCAGCUAAGAGCCUUGAGAUAAACCUAUCUCUGUCAGAGAACCAUCUUUACACACUUGUCAUAGACAACGCCCACAAGAAUCACACAGGAAACUACACUUGUGACAUCACCUUGUUCGAAGGAGUGUGGGAUCAGAAGUGGGAACUGAUAAUUAAGAGCCCAAGAGGUAACUGGAAACAUAUAUUAAUCCCUGUGGCAACAGCUGUUCCGAUCGCAUCUCUCCUGAUCUUUACAUUUUCUUUUAUUCUUGUGCAAAGAAUCUACAAUCAGCAUUCAGAACAAAGGCGUCAGCCUCCCAUGACAGGAAUGGUAAACAUACAACUAUCAUCUCACGUUAAUUAUCAACAAUGCAUGAAUAAAUGCAUGAAUAACAUGAACGAAAGUUAUUCUACAAGUAUGUCUGAGUUGCAGUAUGUAUGCUGUCACCAGUGUUUACAUUUUUCCUCUAUUUUUUUUUUUCCCCCAGUGGCAGGAGGACACAGGGGAGCACAUAUACGAGAACAGCCUAGAAAUGAAUGUGAGUCAGCCAAGCAGUUAUCACUACAAGCCCAGAGGUCACUGAUUUUAAGUUCACUUGAGAAACUGUAAAUGGAUGGAGAAACCAAACGAAAUGAAGCAGAAGAGUCAAGGGAUAACUCAAUGUGGAUUUGUUGGAUCUACUCUUAAAGGAAUGAGCGCUUUAUAUUUAUGAUCUUCUCUACUGAGGCCAUCAUGUUAAACUGCCAUGCUGUUUUUGCUGGGCAAACUAAAUUACUCCUGAGUUUAAAUGCUAAAUAAAGACUGCCAUAGGUUUCCUUUCAUGCUUGGAGGGGAGAGGGGGGGUGAUGGACAAGAAUCUGCAACACGCAAAUUCAGGUGUACUAUGCGUGGCGUCACCAGACUGCUGGCCACUGAUUGGUCAGAGUGCCGUCACAUAGUGGUGGUCAUUAGAGAAAUGUUUGAAGAUACUGUGUGAGUCCAGGAAACACAGAUAAGCUGUACCUAUCCAUAUAAUAUAACCUACCUAUAAAACCCACAUAUCUUUUACUAUGUUUGAUCUAGUGACUCAGGUAACAGCAAUAAAGAAGGCAAAUCAACCCUUUUUCUCUCUCACUCACUUUUUGUCAGUUUUGUCUAACAAAUUUAAAAUAUGAAAUGGAAUUUCUUUUUUAAUUAUAUUUGGAGACAAGUCAAUAUUGAGAGGAGGGAAAACUCAUCGAGUCAUACUUGAACAGUAAGUGGAGUUAACUUAGAGUGGUUUCCGGUGGCAGCACACUCACACAUGACGUUUUUCACACUGAUAAGUGAUAAAAGGCACCACACAUGAAUUAGGAAUCUCUGAAUCGAUGAUGCAGAGGCAGAUUGCAGUUCAAUACGAAAUGGUGUCAAGUCGGGAUGUUUUAUUCUGAAAAGUAAACCGGAUGCGGCUCUACUGUGAUAGCCGGCAGAAAGUGCUGCGUAUACACUCCAAGCCCCCCACCCCCCCGGCUAGAGGAGGACGGUUGCAGACAAUGAACAGGGACAGUGAUGAAAGCAUGGGAAAUUUCUAAAAGUAAUGGGAGGUGUUUAGCCAGAGAAGGCAGUACAUACACCCAUUUUUAACACAAAAUACGUAAUUCAAAUACUUUACACAAAACUACCAAGAGUUGGACCUGGAUAACUAAAUAAUAUUACUAGAUAACCACAUACACUAGUUUUAACCGGAAAAAAGUGGUUUAAGGGUUUAGAUACUCGGAUACUACAGAAUUUACAGAAUACUCGGGGUCAGAAGAACAGUGCCUCCUUUUCACAGAUUCCAGUUACACCCACUAAACUUCUCUUCCCUGUGUGAAGACAAAAACACUUUGUCUCCACAAGACCAGCUGCUCGUGACAGCUGUUAUUUUCAACCACAUGAUUCAAACUGAUCCAAAGUCUGUUCCACUGAUAAGCCUAGUCAC